CUGAAGAGUACAAAAAUUUGUUUAGGUGAUUGCAACUUGUACGAGGGCAGUUGGGUAUAUGACCCGUCAUACCCUCUCUAUGACUCCAGCAAAUGUCCCUUCAUUGAAAGAGCUUACGACUGCAAAAAGAAUGGGCGUCCUGAUACCCAAUACCUCAAGUACAGGUGGCAACCCACCGGCUGCGAUUUGCCAAGGUUUAAUGGGCGAGAAUUCUUGGAGAGAUACCAAGGAAAGAGCAUCCUGUCUGUGGGGGAUUCAUUGACUAGAGAUCAGUAUUUUUCAUUGUUAUGCUUGCUCUCUACCUCUGUUCCUAACUUGGAAACCAAUCUAACCCGGGUGGGCAUGGUCUCCACCUUCACUAUCCCGAAAUAUAAACUCAAAGUGGUGCUGGACCGGAAUGCGUAUUUGGUGGAUAUCGUGGAUACGGCUGAGGGCCGGAUCUUGGAUCUGGACUCGGUCCAGAAGGAUGCCGGAAACUGGACCGGGUUUGACCUGAUGAUCUUCAACACCUUCCACUGGUGGUCUUACAGACUCCCCAUCAACCGUACGUGGGAUUACAUUAAGAUAGGAAACAAGCAAUACAAGGAUUUCGAUAGGCUGGAAGCCUUUGAGAAGGCAGUGGAAACAUGGGGCAAAUGGGUGGAUGCCAACGUUGACACCAACAAAACUAAGGUCUUCUUCCAGGGGAUCUCUCCCAACCAUUACAAUCCAGAAGUCUGGGGCGAACCGAAAGCCAACAAAUGUGUGAACCAAACAACCCCCAUACUGGGCAGCAAAUAUCCGGGGCAGUAUCCAACGCGAGAAAUGGCAGCCCUUAAGAGAGCUUUAAGUAAGAUCAAGAAGCCUGUCAGCCUUCUAGACAUAACGGGAUUGUCGCUGCUGAGAAAAGAUGGGCACCCCUCCAUCUACGGCUACGGUGGGGCCAAAGGAGUAGAUUGCACGCACUGGUGUAUUGCUGGAGUGCCUGAUGCUUGGAACCAAAUUCUUUACUAUCUCCUCAUUUCGAGU